AUGGCUUACGCGCGUCGCAGUUGCAUUUUUGUAUCGUUUUGUGCUAUUGUGCUGGCUGGGUGGUUUAUUCUAUCAAGAGAAAGAACAACACAAACGACGGUUUCAGAAAGACGACUGUUGUUGAGAUAUCGACGAGAAUUCGAUACAGAGCGCCAUCGGCUGGCUGUUAUAGUACCGUUUCGAGAUAGGGAAACUCAUCUAAGGCGGUUUGUUGAUCAUAUGGUUUCAUAUCUAGCCAAGCAGGGUUUGACUUUCCAUAUCUUCGUCAUUGAGCAAAGUCGGCUUGGCCUAUUUAACAGAGCAAAACUCUGCAACAUUGGAUUUAAACUGGCUGUAAAAGAAAAAUAUGACUAUAUGUGUUUCCACGACGUUGAUAUGUUGCCAAUGCACAAUGGAAAUCCAUACAAGUACCCAACAAACAAUCCAAAACACUUGGCUACUUGUGCUGAACAAUUCGGUUACACCGUACCUUAUAAUUCAUACUCUGGUGGAGUUGUUGUAUUCACUGUGAGACAGUAUGAAACAAUCAACGGCAUGGCUAAUGUAUACUUUGGCUGGGGAGCAGAAGAUGAUGAUCUGUCUAGGAGGUAUGUACAUGGCUUGAAUCCAGAUUGAGGAGGCAAAUACGGUUAAUUAAUAGGCUAAGUUACAUACUACUAUGUGGCUGAAAAUUCUUUUUAUUUUAAAAAUGUAUUAAUCCUUGAACUUUAAGCAUCAAUAAUUAAAACGUCAGAAA